AUGUCGCGCUUAUCGCUUCUCGGCUUGACGGCAGCCGUCGUGCUACUGUCGUCGUUCUACACGGAUAGGAUACAUGUGGAUGCUGCCGCUGCAUGCAAAGGAUGCGCUCCACCAUGCGUAUGCCCAGGAACCAAAGGAGAACGUGGUAAUCCAGGAUUCGGCGGUGAACCAGGUCAUCCAGGAGCACCAGGACAAGAUGGACCAGAAGGGGCUCCAGGAGCCUCUGGAAUGUUUGGAGCCGAAGGAGACUUUGGAGACGUCGGAGCAAAGGGAGCUCGUGGAGACCGUGGUCUUCCCGGAUCACCAGGACACCCAGGACUUCAAGGACUCGAUGGAUUACCCGGUAUGAAAGGAGAGGAAGGAAUCCCAGGAUGCAACGGAACUGAUGGUUUCCCCGGAAUCCCUGGACUUGCUGGACCACCAGGACAACCAGGACCAAAUGGAAAUCAAGGACGACCUGGAAUUCCAGGACCACCUGGAGAGGGUGGAGUCAAUUCGCAAGGACGUAAAGGAGUGAAAGGAGAAUCUGGAAGACCAGGAGUUCCUGGACUUCCUGGUAACUCCGGAUAUCCAGGAUUGAAAGGAGCCAAGGGAGAUCCAGGACCGUACGGUCUGCCAGGAUUCCCAGGAGUGGGUGGAUUGAAAGGAAGAAUGGGAAUGAGAACUUCUGGAGUCAAGGGAGAAAAGGGAUUGCCAGGACCGCCAGGACCACCAGGACCACCAGGAUCCUAUCCAUGGGCCUCCAAACCAAUUGAGAUGGAGGUUUUGCAAGGGCCAGUUGGACCAGGAGGAGUGAAAGGAGAAAAGGGACGUGACGGACCAGUCGGACCACCAGGAAUGCUUGGACUUGACGGUCCACCAGGAUAUCCAGGACUCAAGGGACAAAAGGGAGAUCCAGGAGAUGCCGGACAACGCGGAAAGCGUGGAAAGGAUGGAGUCUCUGGAAGCUACGGAGAGAAGGGAACUCAAGGAGAGCAAGGAGUUCCAGGAACACCAGGAUAUCCAGGAACUAAGGGAGAAGCUGGAGAGCCAGGAUACCCAGGACGGCCAGGUUUCGAAGGAGAUUGUGGACCGGAAGGACAACUUGGAGAGGGAACUGGAGAAGCCGGACCACGUGGAGCUCAAGGAUUCGAUGGAGUUCAAGGAGCCAAGGGACUUCCAGGACACAAUGGAUUGCCAGGACCAGUCGGACCAAGAGGACCGGUUGGAGCUCCAGGAGCACCAGGAAUGCCAGGAAUCGAUGGAAUGCCGGGAUACACCGAGAAAGGAGAUAGAGGAGAGGAUGGAUAUCCAGGAUUCGCUGGAGAGCCAGGUCUUCCAGGAGAGUCUGGAGACUGUGGUUACCCAGGAGAGGAUGGACUUCCAGGGUAUGAUAUUCAAGGACCACCAGGACUUGAUGGCCAAUCUGGAAGAGACGGAUUCCCAGGAAUUCCAGGAGAUAUCGGAGACCCAGGAUACUCGGGAGAGAAGGGAUUCCCAGGAACUGGAGUUAAUAAAGUCGGACCAGCAGGAAUGACUGGAUUGCCAGGAGAGCCAGGAAUGCCAGGACGCAUUGGAAUGGACGGAUAUCCAGGACCACCAGGAAACAACGGAGAGCGAGGAGAAGACUGUGGAUACUGUCCAGAUGGACUUCCAGGAAAUCCAGGAGACGUUGGAUAUCCAGGAAUGAAUGGAUAUCCAGGACCACCAGGACCAAACGGAGAUCACGGAGACUGUGGAAUGCCAGGACUUCCAGGAAAGCCAGGAGCUCCAGGGGCUGACGGAAUCAAUGGAUCCCCAGGACUUCCAGGAAUUCCAGGAUAUCCAGGAAUGAAGGGAGAAGACGGAGAGAUCAUCGGACCAAUGGAAAACCCAGCUGGAAUUCCAGGUCUCAAGGGAGAUCGUGGUCUUCCAGGACUUCCAGGACGUCAAGGAAAUGACGGGCUCCCAGGACUUCCAGGAUCACCAGGACAAGAUGGAUUCCCAGGACUCAGAGGAGAACCAGGACUCUCUGGUAUUGAUGGAAAGAGAGGACGUCAAGGAUCGCUCGGAAUCCCAGGACUUCAAGGACCACAAGGAGACUCUUAUCCAGGACAACCAGGAACCCCAGGAUUCAAGGGAGAAGCUGGAGCCAACGGACUUCCAGGACUUCCAGGGGCCCAGGGACCACGUGGUAUUCCAGCUCCACUGAGAAUCGUCAAUCAAGUCGCCGGACAGCCAGGAGUCGAUGGUAUGCCAGGACUUCCAGGAGACAGAGGAGCUGAUGGACUUCCAGGACUUCCAGGACCAGUCGGGCCAGACGGAUACCCAGGAACUCCAGGAGAGCGUGGAAUGGACGGACUUCCAGGAUUCCCAGGACUUCAUGGAGAGCCAGGAAUGCGUGGACAACAAGGAGAAGUUGGAUUUAAUGGAGUCGAUGGAGACUGCGGAGAGCCAGGACUCGACGGAUAUCCAGGACAACCGGGAGCACCAGGAGCACCAGGAGAGACUGGAUACGGAUUCCCAGGACAAGUCGGAUACCCAGGACCAAAUGGAGAGCCAGGAGCAGCUGGGCUUCCAGGACCAGACGGUUAUCCAGGACGUGACGGACUUCCAGGAACUCCAGGAUAUCCAGGAGAGGUUGGAAUGAACGGACAAGAUGGUGCACCAGGAAUGCCAGGAGCUCGCGGAGAGUCUGGACUUGUUGGAAUCGACGGAAAGAAGGGACGUGAUGGACAACCAGGACCACGUGGACAAGACGGAGUUCCAGGAUACAGAGGAGAAGCUGGAGCACCAGGACAAAAUGGAAUGGAUGGAUAUCCAGGAGCACCGGGAGAUAACGGAUACCCAGGAGCACCAGGACAAGACGGAUACCCAGGACCGAAUGGAAUUCCAGGAGAAGACGGACUGGUUGGAUUCCCAGGACUUCGUGGAGAACACGGAGACAAUGGACUCCCAGGAAUUGAGGGAGAAUGUGGAGAGGAAGGAGCGAGAGGAACUGAUGGACUUCCAGGAUAUCCAGGAGAACAAGGACAAGAUGGACAUCCAGGACUUCCAGGAGCUGAUGGUCUUCCAGGAUUGAGUGGAGAGCCAGGAGACUCUGGAAUGCCAGGAUACAGAGGACAACCAGGAGAGCCAGGAAACCUUGCCUAUCCAGGAGCACCAGGAGAUCUUGGAUACCCAGGACCAGAUGGACCACCAGGACUUGCUGGACCAGACGGGCUUCCAGGAUUGAACGGAGAACGUGGAGAGGUUGGAGACAGCUAUCCAGGAAACCCAGGACUUAGCGGACAACCAGGAGAUGCUGGAUACGAUGGACUCGAUGGAGUUCCAGGACCACCAGGAUAUCCAGGAAUCACUGGAAUGCCAGGACUCAAGGGAGAAUCCGGACUUCCAGGACUUCCAGGACGUCAAGGACAAGAUGGACUUCCAGGAGCACCUGGAUUGGAAGGAGAGUGUGGAGAACAAGGAUUCCCAGGAGCACCAGGACAGCCAGGUUAUCCAGGACAGCAGGGACGUGAAGGAGAGAAGGGAUACCCAGGAAUGCCAGGAGAGAACGGGCUUUCAGGACUCCGCGGACAAGACGGACUUCCAGGAUUGAAGGGAGAAAAUGGUUUGGAUGGUCAACCAGGUUAUCCAGGAGCUCCAGGACAAUUGGGAACUCCAGGAGACGUUGGAUAUCCAGGAGCACCUGGAGAAAAUGGAGACAACGGACUUCAAGGACGUGACGGACAACCAGGUCUCCGCGGAGAGCCAGGACAACCAGGAAUGCCAGGACUUCAAGGAAGAGAUGGACAAACAGGACCAAUCGGACCACCAGGAGAUGAUGGAUAUCCAGGAGCACCGGGACAAGACACAUAUGGACAGCCAGGACAGGCUGGACAGGAUGGAUAUCCAGGACUUGAUGGUCUUCCAGGAUCCCCAGGACUUAAUGGAGAGCCAGGAACACCAGGACAAUACGGAAUGCCAGGACUCCCAGGAAUGCCAGGAGAGCCAGGACAAACCGGAUAUCCAGGAGAGCGUGGAUUGGUUGGAAUCGACGGAAAGCGUGGACACGAUGGACUUCCAGGAGCACCAGGACUCGAUGGAGUUAUUGGAGUACCAGGAGUUGAAGGAGAUUGUGGAGAGGAUGGUCUUCCAGGACUUCCAGGGGCACCAGGAAGCAACGGAUAUCCAGGAGAACGUGGACUUCCAGGAGUUCCAGGACAACAGGGACGCUCGGGAGACAACGGAUAUCCAGGACAGCCAGGACAGCCAGGACUCAAGGGACCACGUGGAGAUGAUGGAUAUCCAGGACGUGACGGACUCGACGGAAUGCCAGGAAGAGGAGGACCUCAAGGACUUCCAGGACCAUUGGCUAUGGAGAUCAGAAAUCCACCAGGUCUUUCAGGAGACAACGGAUAUCCAGGAGAAAAGGGAUACCCAGGACUUCCAGGGGAUAACGGACUUCCGGGACCACCAGGAAAGGCCGGAUACCCAGGAGCAUCUGGACAAGACGGAUAUCCAGGACCACCAGGUCUUCCAGGAACACCUGGAGGUCUCGGAGAUCAAGGAUUCCAAGGAGAGCGUGGACGUGGUGGUCAUCCAGGACUUCCAGGAACCCCAGGAUACCCCGGAUCUCCAGGAGGAUGGGCUCCAUCUCGUGGAUUCACUUUCGCCAAGCACUCUCAAACAACAGCAGUUCCACAAUGUCCACCGGGUACAUCGCAACUCUGGGAGGGAUAUUCUCUUCUCUACGUACAAGGAAACGGACGUGCCAGUGGACAAGACCUCGGACAACCCGGAUCAUGUCUUUCUAAAUUCAACACUAUGCCAUUCAUGUUCUGUAACAUGAACAGUGUUUGCCACGUGUCGAGUCGUAACGACUACUCCUUCUGGCUGUCAACGGACGAACCAAUGACUCCAAUGAUGAAUCCAGUGACCGGAACCGCCAUUCGUCCAUACAUUUCCCGUUGUGCUGUCUGCGAAGUACCAACUCAAAUCAUCGCAGUUCACUCUCAAGACACAUCAGUUCCACAGUGUCCACAGGGAUGGUCGGGUAUGUGGACCGGAUAUUCCUUCGUCAUGCACACUGCCGCUGGAGCCGAGGGAACUGGACAGAGUCUCCAAUCUCCAGGAUCCUGUCUUGAGGAGUUCCGUGCUGUUCCAUUCAUUGAGUGUCACGGAAGAGGAACAUGCAAUUACUAUGCCACCAACCACGGAUUCUGGUUGUCGAUUGUUGAUCAGGACAAGCAAUUCCGCAAACCAAUGUCACAAACACUCAAGGCCGGAGGACUCAAAGAUCGUGUGUCCAGAUGCCAAGUGUGUCUCAAGAACCGAUAA